GUUGAUAUUAUUAUUACGUAGUGGAAAAUAAAGCAUAAUAUCAUUAACCGAAGUUGUUUUAGUCAAAAUGGGACAAAUAAAGUAACUAGGCGAGAAAAAGUAAAAUGACUUGACUUUUAUUGUCAAUAGCAGAGCAUCAAUUUUAUAAACCAAAUCAGUAAAGUAUGUCAAAUUUGUUACUAAAAUAAAUUUCAAGUGGCUACAAUGAAACGCAAAGGAAGGAGUAAAACCUCCGUUACCUCCAGCAUGGACUUCGAUUCCCACUCCGAGAAGCUUUCCUUGGGAAGAAGUCGAGCCUUAAUGGCUGCAAGACUGAAGCGCGGGGAAAGGAGUAAGACGUCCUUUGAUUCCACCACGGGAUACUAUUCCUACACUGAUCAGACCUCCUUGAGAAGGACUCCCAUUAUCUUCUCACCCAGCCCGGGCUUCAUGCAAAACGCGAAGGUAAAAUUAAAGUUAAUCGCCCUGUAUGAGGACCACGAAUGCUUGUGGAAUCAAUGCCACCCCGAUUUCUUUAAUUUUGAGCGCAAGGAUCAAAUCUGGGAGGCGAUCGCAGACGAAAUGAAACUGGACUCGCCCCCCGACUUUUGGAAACAUUUUAUCCACAGAUUGCGCUAUAAUGUCGAGCUGGAACGAAUCCAAGAGCAGCAGGCGAGGUUUUCUGGCGGCACAGUGCAACCCAAACUUUACUAUGCGGAUAAACUAGCAUUCCUAAAUCACAUGUUCAACAGAGAAAAGAAAAUUAUACCUAAAGAGGUACCUAUGCCGAUCAAGCCUUCUGGAGCUCAUCUUGAAAACCAUUUUUCAAGAAACCUGCGCACACUUCGAGAGAAACCCAAAUCUCGGACACCCAUCAGCGAAAAGUUAGCCUCGCUGGAGAAGUUGAGAAAUCACCAAAACAGCAAGUUGGUUCUGUCCCCAGAAGCCUUUCAAAAAAUGCAAAAGGUCACCAGUGGAGGACCUUACUAUUUAACCGAGAGAUUCAAUAAAUCAUAGGAUUUAGUUCCGAAUUUCCGAUGUAAAGGGAGUGCAAUACAAAGACUUAAAUCCA